UUGACUCGACCAAACAACAAAAAAAGAAAGAAAGUAAGAUUUGAAGAAGAGGAAAGAAGAAAGAAAAGAGGAAAGCUUUGAUUUUGAAGUGCUCAAGAGGAGAAGAGAAGUUGGUUUCUUGUGAUCUUGUGUCAAAGCUUUGAUCUUGAGUUGGUGAGUGAGAUUCGGGUUUGGAUUAGAUGGUGAAGGAAACAGAGUACUAUGAUGUGCUCGGGGUUAGCCCAACUGCUACUGAGUCUGAGAUCAAGAAAGCUUACUACAUCAAGGCACGCCAAGUUCAUCCAGAUAAGAACCCUAAUGAUCCUCAAGCUGCACACAAUUUCCAGGUGUUGGGAGAGGCCUAUCAAGUGCUAAGUGAUUCAGCACAACGCCAAGCUUAUGAUUCAUUUGGGAAGUCAGGGAUCUCAACUGAUGCAAUCAUAGACCCUGCGGAAAUAUUCGCAAUGCUUUUCGGUAGCGAACUGUUCGAAGGAUACAUAGGAGAGCUUGCUAUGGCAUCAAUGGCUUCACUUGAUCUCUUCACCGAAGGAGAUACUUUGGAUACCAAAAAGAUUCAAGAGAAAAUGAGGACUGUUCAGAAAGAAAGAGAAGACAAGCUUGCUCAGAUUCUCAAAGACCGCCUUAAGGAAUAUGUUGUCAACAGAGACGAGUUUAUUACUAACGCUGAAGCUGAAAUGGUUACUCUCUCCAAGGCAGCGUAUGGUGUGGAGAUGUUGAAUACAAUUGGGUAUAUAUAUGUAAGACAAGCAUCAAAAGAGCUUGGAAAGAAAGCUCUCCUUCUCGGAGUCCCAUUCGUUGCUGAAUGGGUUAGGAACAAAGGUCACUACCUCAAAUCCCAACUCACUGCUGCAACAGGCGCAUUCGCGUUGUUCCAGCUGCAGGAGGAAAUGAAAAAGCAGAUGAAUGGUGAAGUGAAUUAUACGGAGGAGGAGCUUGAGGAAUACCUUCAGUCCCAUAAAAGAGUGAUGGUUGAUUCUCUGUGGAAGCUCAACGUCGCUGAUAUCGAAGCUACUCUCUCCCGUGUUUGCCAGCUGGUUCUUCAAGAUCCGGAUGCCAAAAGAGAGGAGCUUCGUGCAAGAGCAAGAGGGCUUAAAACUCUGGGGAAGAUCUUCCAGAGAGCGAAAACAGCUAGCGAGAGUGAUCCUAUAGCAAGAACUGAAGCCCAAAAACUAAACGAGAAUGAAAGGAACUACGAUAAUGAUGAUGAUGCCUCUGCAUCCCCAAAGUCCAAUGGUACUCAGGAACAGAAGAGCCCCUACGUGGAGAAACCGAAACUGGGAGAUGAACAGUUCAAGCAUUACUUCCCAAGACCCGCUCCGCCACCUGGAGCAGAGAAACACACUUCAUCAACUGGCUAUGACUGAUUCCAGGUGAGAAUCAGGAAGUGUCCGUCUCUUAGUAUAUAUAUAUAUGUAUCUACAUACUAAGCAGUCUUUAGUAUAGUGAUAUUUGUAGUUGUGUGCUUCUAUUGUAAAAGCUGUUAUUAUUUUAUUUUUUUCCUUUUGUUUUGAAUGAUUUUAAUGUGAAUUUGCGUCUGUUAUUAAGUGAUGUUGAAAGUAUAUGAAAAAAGGCUCUUUUGUGAAAA